UGCUGCAGUUUUCUCUCCCCUGCACCCUCCCUCCCCUCUCCCUCUCCCUCACUGUUGUCAAGGAAGGAGAACAAGUCACCUGGAGUUAAGGGUCUCCCAGGUUCAGGUGAAGCAUAAUCUCGGAGAUCAUUAAGACAGGAGAUGGAGAUCAUUUAUAGGCCUUAUGUUGAUCCGGAUAUCGUAUCUCUAAUUGAAAGAAUGCAUCCUCCAAGGGUUUCCAUAGACAAUGAUACCUGCCCAGAUUGCACCCUUGUGAAGGUUGAUAGCGCAAACAAGCAUGGGAUCCUACUGGAAAUGGUCCAAGUUCUGACGGAUCUGGACCUCGUCAUUUCCAAAUCAUACAUUUGUUCUGAUGGUGGCUGGUUAAUGGACGUAUUUCACGUGACAGACCAACUGGGGAACAAAAUUACUGAUGAAAGCCUCAUUCAUUAUAUUCAACAGGCAAUCAGCACAAGUAGGGAGAGUUCCAGGGAGGUCCAACCAUCUAUUAGCAAGAAUGUGAGGCCAGCAUACAUCUCUGCAGAGCAUACAGCCCUUGAGAUGACUGGCACGGAUAGACCGGGUCUAAUGUCGGAGAUGUCUGCCGUGUUGGCUGAAAUGGGAUGCCAUGUUUCGGCUGCUGUAGCAUGGACUCAUAACGCCCGUGCUGCAUGCAUCAUCUAUGUGGCAGAUGAGUGCAAUGGCGGGCCGAUUACUGAUCCCUGCCGGGUGGCACGUGUGCAGGCUCAACUAGAAAAUGUAGUCGAGGCUCAUCACUGCAACGGUGAGAAAAGGAGUGUGAGGUUGGCAUGCCCUGUAGGUGGAAAAACACACACGGAAAGGCGGCUCCACCAGCUGAUGGCAGCCGAUAGAGACUAUGAGGCAUGCUGUUCUUGUUCUGUCCAGGAUGAUGAUGGCAAAGAUGAAGAAAUGAAUUCAAACGGAAAGUUUGAUUGGCAGAGGAGGAAAGAACGUGAAGCUACUACACGCGUUAAAAUAGAGAAUUGUACCGAGAAGGGGUACUCUAUAGUUACUGUGAGGAGUAAAGAUCGACCGAAGUUGCUCUUUGACACAGUAUGUGCUCUGACGGAUAUGCAGUAUGUUGUCUUCCAUGCAGCGAUUAGCUCCAAAGGACCAAAAGCAGUGCAGGAAUAUUACAUUAGGCACAAGGAUGGAUGCACCCUGGACUUGGAAGUGGAGAGGCGAAGAGUGACUCAGUGCCUCAUUGCAGCUACAGAGAGGAGAGUUUCUCACGGAAUAAGGCUGGAUGUGACCACUGAAAACAGGAUAGGAUUGUUGGCUGAUGUUACGAGAGUGUUUCGAGAGAAUGGGCUAUCUAUAGCAAGAGCCGAGAUUGGAACAAACGGGGACAGAGCUGCUGGGACGUUUUACGUUAAAGACGCCUCAGGGGAUAACAUAAGCAGAGAGACGCUGGAGAUGGUGCAACGAGAAAUAGGGGGUGGUACCGUACUGGUCCUUGAUAAGCCGUUAGAUCUUCGGUCCCGAACCACAUCAUCUUCCACCGGCGGACGCAACAGCGCUGGCACAGAAGACAGGCCAAAGUUGUCGUUGGGAAGCUUGUUUUGGUCGCACCUUGAGCGGCUCUCAAGCAAUUUCAGGCCCAUAAAAUCCUAGUCCUUUAUAAAGGGCCAACUUUGUUUGUCAAAGUUAGGUUAUAAAGGGCCAACUUAGCACUUGAUUUAUGUUAGCUCUUCUUCUGUGAAUAGUUAGCAUCUCUAGGUGCACUAGCUUCUGGCAAAUAUAGUCCAUUUGUGAAAAUUGGUAGUACAGGUCAUAUGCUAAUAGUGCAUUUGUGUAAAUUGGUAUAUAUUACCGCUUCAUCUC